UCGAUGCCCGACGCGGAAAUCUAUCGCCCUCGUCACCAGCUAAUGUAGAGAAUUCCAAAACAACGGUCCACGCCAAAAAAUAAUCAGGAUAAUAAAAAUGCUAAAAUACGCUCCAUGGUUAAAUACGCACACCCUUCCCUGUUCAUCGUAUGAAGCCCGACAUGUUGGACUAAUGAUUUUGGCACGUACGGGGAAGCAGCACAGCUACCGACGUCGGAGUACUGCGCACCCUCGCGCAUGGUGAAGCCAGCCAGUGAAUCAUUUAUAUAUAGGUGGCGGAAGGAGAGAGUGGUUCUGGAUUUUCAGAACAGACGGCGAGUGCUCAUUACACCACGACGAGACUACGCUUUGAAGAUGCUUUGAAUAAUCUCGGCCGAUUUCCGAGGAUUUUGGGAUUUUUCUUGGAUUGCGAUCGGAAAUCUAGUUUUUUUUGUCGUUGAUCUGCAGAGAUACAGGAAUUUUAUUAUUCUUUUGGCGGUUUUGGAGAAGCUGUGUGAAUCGCAUUGCAGGAGAUUGAUUUUCGCAGGUUUUGGAAGUCGGAUCGAUCUGGAUUUGUGCGAAUCGAGAAGUUUUUGAGGGAUUUGUUGCUGUUGCGGCUUCCGUGGUUGUUGUUGUUGUGUUUGAGGUUUUAGCUUGAUAUGCGAAGCCUAGGGUUUUAGAUCUUUCAUUCUUUUUGAGAAUCUCAGAGAAUUGCGAUUUGGAGGAUUCAGGGGUUUUGGAGAAGCGAUUUGAUGAUUUUCAGUGUCUGCAUUUGUUUUCUGUGAGUUUUUGGCCCCUUUGCAAUCUUUCGACAUGGUUACGGGAACGUUAUUCCAUUGCCGGAAGAAUUCAUGGCCGCCAGAGGAGUAUAUUAGCAAGGCGACGUUGCAGUUGCUGGAGUUUGAUAGUGCUGCUCCACCAGAACAGGCAUGGAGGAGGAGACUGAACAGCCAUGCUAAUAGACUAAAGGAAUUUAGUGUAACGUUUAUGGAGGCAUUGCAGAUGGUUCGUCUUGGUGUUCGUUUGUGGUCAUAUGUUAGGGAAGAAGCUUCUCACGGAAGGAAAGCACCAAUUGAUCCAUUUACUCGUGAAAGUUGUAAGCCCUCAGCUUCCCAAGGCGUCCCACUUGGAGGGAUGGGAAGUGGUAGCAUAUCGAGAGGUUUCAGAGGAGAAUUCAGGCACUGGCAAAUUAUUCCUGGUUUAUGUGAACCAUCUCCUGUUAUGGCCAAUCAGUUCUCUAUUUUCAUAUCUCGAGAUGGUGGAAACAAAAAGUACUCAUCAGUUUUAGCCCCUGGACAACAUGAAGGAUUAGGAAAAUUAGGCGAUCAGGGUAUAUCAUCGUGGGACUGGAAUUUGAGUGGUCAACAUUCCACAUAUCAUGCCUUAUUUCCAAGGGCUUGGACAAUCUAUGAUGGUGAACCAGACCCAGAGCUGAAGAUUUCAUGUCGCCAAAUAUCACCGUUCAUACCACAUAAUUAUCGAGAGAGCAGUCUUCCUACUUCUGUCUUUGUUUACACAUUAGUGAACACUGGAAGAGAGAGGGCAAAAGUCAGCCUGCUCUUCACCUGGGCGAAUUCAAUUGGAGGAAACUCACACCUAUCAGGAGGUCAUGUGAACGCGCCAUUCUUAGCGGACGAUGGAGUUUCCGGUGUCCUCCUACAUCACAAGACUGCGAAAGGCAACCCUCCUGUUACUUUUGCUAUUGCUGCAUGCGAAACUCAAAACGUCAAUGUGACCGUUUUGCCAUACUUUGGGCUGUCUGAUGAAACUCACAUCACAGCUAAGGAUAUGUGGGGGAAAAUGGUGCAGGAUGGGCAUUUUGAUAGAGAACAUCUCAGUGCUGGACCAAGUAUUCCAUCAUCACCUGGAGAUACACUUUGUGCAGCGGUAUCGGCUUCUGCCUGGGUAGAGCCUCAUGGAAAGUGCACUGUUGCAUUUGCUUUAGCAUGGUCAUCUCCAAAAAUAAAAUUUCUGAAGGGAAAUGCAUACCACAGGAGAUACACAAAGUUCUACGGCACUUCUGAAAGAUCAGCGGCUGACUUGGUACAUGAUGCUUUGAUGAAUUAUAAGUGGUGGGAGGAAGAGAUUGAGAAAUGGCAAGCCCCUAUCCUCAGAGAUGAAAGGCUUCCAGAAUGGUACAAAUUCACUUUGUUCAAUGAGCUCUACUUUUUGGUUGCUGGAGGAACAGUUUGGACAGAUGGCGGAUCUCCCACUGUAGAUGAGAAUUCAAGCUUCGGCAGCAGUCACCACAAAUCUAUAAAAUCUGCUAAUGGCGAUGUGAGAACGACUGUAGCCACAGUAAAUGACAAGCUGUGUUCAGUUGUAGAGCAUACCAGUUCCAAUGGUGAAUUAAAUGAUGAUGAUGAAAAAUUGGUUCCGAGUUUAUCUCGGGGGAAGAGAAAUAGUUUCACAAAUUCACACGAUGAUGAUGAGAAUGUUGGGAAGUUUCUGUAUUUGGAGGGAGUAGAGUACAUCAUGUGGAAUACGUAUGAUGUACAUUUUUAUGCAUCUUUUGCUCUUCUGGCGUUAUUCCCCAAAAUAGAGCUUAGCAUCCAACGUGACUUUGCAAAGGCUGUCUUAUUUGAGGAUACAAGAAAAGUCAAGUUUCUGGCUGAUGGGAACUCGGGAAUUCGUAAAGUUAAAGGAGCUGUCCCUCAUGAUCUGGGGACACAUGACCCUUGGCUUGAAAUGAAUGCGUACAACAUACAUGACACGAGUAAAUGGAAGGAUCUCAACCCAAAGUUCGUGCUUCAGGUGUAUAGGGAUUUUGCAGCGACAGGGGAUAUGUCCUUCGGAAUGGAUGUGUGGCCAGCAGUUUGUGCUGCUAUUGAGUAUAUGGAACAGUUUGACCGAGACGGUGAUGGUCUCACUGAGAAUGAUGGAUUCCCAGAUCAGACAUAUGAUGCUUGGACCGUGCAUGGCAUCAGCGCUUACUGUGGAUGCCUGUGGCUUUCUGCUCUACAAGCUGCAGCUACCAUGGCAAGUCGUCUUGGGGACAAGGCUUUUGAGGAGAAGUGUAGGAACAAGUUUCAGAAGGCCAAACCGGUUUUUGAAGCAAAACUGUGGAAUGGCUCAUAUUUUAACUAUGACAGCGGGGCAAGUAGCACCAGUAGGUCUAUACAAGCAGACCAAUUGGCUGGCCAAUGGUAUACAGCUUCCUCUGGCUUGCCUCCCCUAUUUGAUGAGAGCAAAAUCAGGAGUGCCCUCCAGAAAGUAUUUGAGUUCAAUGUAAUGAAAGUGAGAGGAGGGCGUAUGGGUGCUGUCAAUGGUAUGAACCCCAAUGGUAAGGUGGACGAUUCGUGCAUGCAGUCGCGAGAAGUAUGGACUGGUGUAACCUACAGCGUGGCAGCCACCAUGCUUCUUUCUGGGAUGGAGCACCAGGGGUUUACUACCGCAGAAGGUAUUUUCAUCUCCGGAUGGUCAGAAGAGGGAUUCGGGUACUGGUUCCAGACACCCGAAGGAUGGACGAUGGAUGGCCACUACCGAUCCCUGCUUUAUAUGAGGCCUCUUGCGAUCUGGGCCAUGCAGUGGGCCUUGUCUCCACCCAAGGCGAUUCUAGAAGCCCCAAAAACAAAUGUCAUGGAUAGAACCAGCUACAACUCGCCAUUCAACUCGAAAACAAAUGAGUCUAGUCUGAGGAAGAACAGGACCAAGAGCAGGUGUUUUGGAAACUCCGUCUUUCAUUGCGACUGCUGAUUCACAAAAAAAAGGAGAGUUGAGCCGUUAGCUCUUUGUAGAUUUUAGUGAAAUGAAAUCUUUUGUUGCCAGAACCAUCCUGCAAGAGGAAGAAAAUGCUGGAGGUUCUGAUUUUAUUUUAUUUUUUAAAAUCCAUUUUCCCACUAGAAGAGGCUAAAUGUGGGAACAGCUAAUCUUUCAUGGGCUAGUGGUAAAAAAAAAAGGCUGCCACAGUCUUUGAUUUCUUAACAUAUGAGGGGGAGAAAUACUUGGAUGUGUGGGUUCCACUGCCUAUGUAAAUCAAUCAAAGUGCGUGCGGCCAGCCUCCCACGCGUGUGCAUUUAGCAUUCCUUGGCGGCAAUAAAGAUAGUGUGACUUAGAAGAUUACAACUGUAACAUGUAUGAGCGUUGUAUAUUCAUAUUUAGUUAUUACACCCUAAAAAUCUUGCUUGCAUGUAAAACUAUCUGGUGAGCGGAGGAUGAGAUGAAAGAGUCGGAUGUGGCUAUUGUUUUCA